AUCGAUUCAGGGUCAUAGACAAUUCCGACUGACAAUAGCUUUUUGUUGGAGUUGUCAAAAUUGAAAGGAAUAGGAGGCGUCGACGGGCUACAUUUUACAAAUUCUUUCAAUUUAUUUCAUAAUUACAAAAUGAUUCGCUUCAUACUGAUCCAAAACCGUGCGGGUAAAACUAGACUGGCAAAAUGGUACAUGAACUUUGAUGAUGACGAGAAACAGAAGCUCAUCGAAGAGGUGCACGCCGUAGUGACCGUCAGAGAUGCCAAACACACGAACUUCGUUGAGUUCAGGAACUUCAAGAUCGUAUACAGGCGGUACGCAGGACUGUACUUCUGCAUAUGUGUUGACGUGAACGAUAAUAACUUGUGCUAUUUGGAAGCUAUACACAAUUUUGUGGAGGUCCUCAAUGAAUACUUCCACAAUGUAUGUGAACUGGACCUGGUGUUCAAUUUCUAUAAGGUGUACACAGUGGUAGACGAGAUGUUCUUAGCGGGCGAGAUCCGAGAGACCUCGCAGACUAAAGUCCUGAAGCAGCUACUCAUGCUCAACUCCUUAGAAUAAUGUAUUCACCACCACAUAGUGAAGAAGCUGGGUGAAGCACGGGGAAACUGAAUUUGUUAUAAAUAACAGUAUAUUCUAUAUUUAACUAUAGUAGCAAUACCCAUAAAUGUUGCUAAAAGCCUCAAUAAUAUGAAGUUAAAUUAUUAAGAAUGAGAAUGAAUUGUAUUAGCAAAUUAUUCAUUUUAUAGAGAAGAAAGAUUUGAUUGUUUGUUUUUAUUGAAAAUGUUCUGAAAGCAAAGAAUUGGUUUAAAAAUUUAUUAAUUUUUUUGGAAAAUACAAAUGUCCUGGGACAAAACCGCGAGAUACAGCUAGUGUUACAUAGUGUAUGCAUAUUGUUAAUUAGGUCUUUGAGUGAACAAUAUAGAAUUCACCCAGGCUUUGUCUACUAUAUCCAUAGAGUAAGUUGUAUGUAACACAUUUAUUGAUACUGCAGCAUUGGUAAUAAUUAAUAACUUAUUAUCCCAUUAAUAUCUAGGGCAGUAUUGAUAAGCUAUUUAUAUAAUUACUGUUAAAACAUUGUUAUUAUCUAAGAUUUGUAUAAAGAAUACUCAUUCAUUCCAUCUUAGAGAAAUUAUGAAUAAUAUUCAUCACUUCAAGCAUAGAGUUUGCAUGUUUAGAAUUUAUAUUUAUUUCAUUUUUCUACUAGCUGUUGACUGUUGAAAGAUGCAAAAUAGUUUAAAUAGGUGGUAUCUUCAAAUAACUUUUACACUAUAUAUUAUAGCAGAUAUUUUGCGCGGCUACUCAGUUCUUACAGGCAGAGUCACGCGUAUGCGAGCGACAGCUUUCUACGUCAAAACCAAGCGGAAAAUGUGCUAGUGUAAAAGCGCUCUAGAGUAACGUUUGUAUUUCGAGGAUAUACAAUUUGUCAAAAUCGGUAGUUGAACACUCGUAUUGAUUACGAAAAUGGUUUAAAACUAAAUAGAUGAAAUAUAUUCGAGUAUUUUCAUGAGAUCAUAAUGUAUAUAAAGUGUAAUUAUAAGCUCUGUUUAUUGGUGUAUAUUAGAGUAAAUAAAGUAUUGCUUAUUUAAA